GCAUGUCAUGGAAAUGACAAAGUUUGUUUAUUAUUUUACUCUGAUAUGAAAUAAUUCUAUUAACAAUUGUUUAUUAAAUUUACCGAAUCGCAGUAAUUAAAAGUUCUUGCGUUUCAUUUUAAAAAUACCCAAAUAUAUCCGUUCACAAUAUCUCUCUAAACGAAGUAUUUUAAAUUCAGUGAUACCAAUCGCCAAAUUAUACGAAUAUUUUCAUAACGAGAGAGGUUUUCUCAGCAUCCGUUGAACAAUUCACACAAAACAGCACUGCAUUAUGGAAAAUGAAUUUGAUUCAUUUGAAAAUGCAAAAUGCACGACCGAAGCUACAAAAAUUACCGAAUUAAAUACAGACUGCUUGGAAAUUAUAUUUGAACAUUUGGAUUUUAAUGAUUUGAUUCAUGUGGCCGAUAGCAGCAAACAGUUUUAUGGUGCCGUGUGCCAGGUUUACAAACGAAAGUAUCUAAAUAUGAAUCCGAUAUUAGAUAUUCAGUAUGAUCCUGCGUAUAAAUACAGUAAAUUUUUGAAUCAGCAAGUGGAAAGGGAUGCAUUGGAGCAGAAUCCAUUAGUAUUCAUUACCAAACCAAUAAUAUUAUUAAAACUCCUACGCCACUUUGGACACUUGAUACGGAAUUUGGGGAUUGGUUUUUCGAAAUUGAAUAUGAAGCUGUGUGUUGGAAUCGAAAUCUAUUUGGCCAAAUAUUGCUCUGAUUCAUUACAACGAUUUUCUUUGAUAUGUAAUACGUCAAAAAUUGCUUUCAAAGAUUUACAAAAACCGUUGAAAAAAGUCAUAGCUUUGAAAAUACAUACGGUAAUAGAUCAAAAACAAAAUCACAUUCAAUUCCUCAAUGAAAGUAAUCUACCAAAUGUUCAGCAUAUUUAUAUAACUAACCACGAUGGUUUGCAUAAUUCUGAAAAAGAAAUUCACUACGAAAACAUAGAAAGUUGUACGAUCGAAUCUCUUCGAAUGGAUAAAUUUCCAUUUUCAUUCGGAAAUCUAAAGCAUUUUACGCUUGCGGGUAAUAUCUGCCUAAACGAUGCUUUUUGUCAAUGUAUCAGCAAAAUUGAACACUUGAAGACAUUGAAAAUAAUGGAUAUGUUAAUUUUUGACUCAGAUUCGUUCAGAAAGCUGUUGGAGUUACAAAAUAUUCUUUCAAGUGUAGUAGAAAUGCAAUUUUCAUUCGAAAAAGGUAUGUCUGCUGACGCUGUGCUUCACUUUCUGAAACAAAGUCGAAGCGUGAGAAAAUUGACUAUUCAUCUACAUAAUGGAAGAUAUAGAGGAGACAAAACUCGUGACUACUUUAGAAUGCUGCAAACGAUAUCAUUAAAUUUGAAUGAUGAGUGGAAAGUGUAUAUCAUAGAUCCGUAUAGAUAUCCAUUCAAUUCAAUUUAUGAUUCUGAAUGCCAUGUUAUUGAAAAGAUGAAUAUAUGAUAAAUUUAAUUUGAACAACAUUGCUUCCAGGUUUGAUUAAGGUAUUCAAUAUUUCGGUUCAGAAAAUUAAUUUAAUUAAACGUGUGAAAUUUAGUUAAUAAGUUUUUUUUAUUAAAUCUAUUUCGUCAACUGUACUACAUUUUUUUCUUUACAUACCUAAAACUAAGUUCCUGGUUUGAUAGGCCAAAUUUUUUGCUGUUUCAUUCGAUGAAUAAUAAUAAAUAUGAAUUGUGAA